ACAUACUAAUCUCAGUACAGUCUUCUCUCCCUCUCUAGCAAAGCCAAAAAGCAAAAGCAAAAGAUCAACUUCAGUCUACCACCACCACCACCGGGCACCAGCAGGAUCAAACAAUUAUGCAAAUACCCACCACCGGCCUCAUCCUCAUUUUCACUAUCCUGGUCUCCACCACCCUUGCAAUUGCUGCUGCUGAUAAGACACCAAAUGCAGAUCUGGUGCUUACAUCUUGUGUUCAUGCUAGCUUCCCCCAAAUCUGCAUCCAUACACUCUCUUCCUACACAGGCUCCACCACCACUCCCCGGGACCUAGCUCAGGCGGCUGUCCGAGUGAGCCUUGGCCGGGCCCGGAAGGUCCAGACGUACCUGGGCACGCUCAAGAGCCAGAGCAAGAGGGAGCAGAGUGCACUUGUAGAUUGCCUGGAGCAGGUGGGUGACUCAGUGGACGACCUGAGCAAGACACUUUCAGAACUCCAACAUCUCCGGCCGGGAACAUUCAGGUGGCAGAUGAGCAACGCCCAGACAUGGGUUAGCGCCGCACUCACCAAUGAGGACACUUGCUUGGACGGAUUCAAAGAGAUGGAGACCACAGUCAGGGUAGACGUCAAACGGAAGAUGAUAAAUGUGGCUAGGGUUACCAGUAAUGCUCUUUAUCUCAUUAAUCGUCUAGAUCAGACUCGUCACUACUAAACUAAUUAACCUACUAUAGAUCUGUCUACUGUAAUUAUUAUUAUUAUUGUUAAUUGCCAUACCCAGUAAGAAUGAAUGAAUGUUUUGCUUAA